AGCUUUUGAUGUGAAUGUGAUAUGCCUCUGGGUUAUCUAGGUAAUUUCCAGCAGGAAGUUAAAUAUAGAAGGCUGAAGGGGAGGUCUGAAAUGGGAGGCUAAAAUUUGAGUCAGCAAAAUACUAGAGAUAGCCAAAAUUAUGAGUGAAUAUUCCCGGUAUUAUUUUGUUAUUGCUUUCAAUUUCAGCCAUUCUAAUAGUCUCCCUCCCCCUGGACUUUGAAAUGCUUUACCUGGUCGGCUUGGGCCUGGGCGAUGCCAAGGACAUCACAGUCAAGGGCCUGGAAGUUGUAAGACGCUGCAGUCGAGUGUAUCUAGAAGCCUAUACCUCAAUCCUGACUGUAGGGAAGGAAGUCCUGGAAGAGUUUUAUGGAAGAAAAUUGAUUCUUGCUGAUAGAGAAGAAGUGGAACAAGAAGCUGAUAAUAUUUUAAAGGAUGCUGAUAUCAGUGAUGUUGCAUUCCUUGUGGUUGGUGAUCCAUUUGGGGCUACCACACACAGCGAUCUUAUUCUGAGAGCAACAAAACUAGGAAUCUCUUACCGAGUUAUUCACAAUGCUUCCAUAAUGAAUGCUGUAGGCUGCUGUGGUUUACAGUUGUAUAAAUUUGGAGAGACGGUUUCUAUUGUUUUUUGGACAGACACUUGGAGACCAGAAAGCUUCUUUGACAAAGUGAAGAAGAACAGACAAAACGGCAUGCACACAUUAUGCUUACUAGACAUCAAAGUAAAGGAGCAAUCUUUGGAAAAUCUGAUCAAAGGAAGGAAGAUCUAUGAACCUCCUCGGUAUAUGAGCGUAAACCAAGCAGCCCAGCAACUUCUGGAGAUUGUUCAGAAUCAACGAAUACGAGGAGAAGAACCAGCAGUCACCGAGAAGACACUCUGUGUUGGCUUAGCCAGGGUUGGAGCCGAAGACCAGAAAGUUGCAGCGGGCACUUUGCAGCAAAUGUGUGCUGUGGACUUGGGAGGACCAUUACACUCCUUAAUUAUCACAGGCGACAACAUGCAUCCACUGGAGAUGGAGAUGCUAAGUUUGUUUUCCAUACCAGAAAAUAGCUCAGAAUCCUGUUGAUGAACUUCAUGAACUUAGACAUUUUCUAUUGUUAGAUACUAAUUUCAGUCGUAUAUGCAUAUACACAUAUUUGUAAAAUGAACAGUUCUUUUGGUUUACCUAAUAAUUAUAAAGCAAGUGACCAAGAAGAAAGAUGUUGAUUCAACAAUACUUGGUUUCCUGUGGCAGUGAGUUUUUUUUCCCUAUAACAUCAUCAGUUGUUUCUAUUUUAGUAGUUUUUCAGGAUAUACACACAUGGAGCAGACCAAGCCUGAAAAGUUGCAGAGACAUUCAUAAACCGAGUUGUUUAAAAGCAGUUUUUACUUAUGAAAUGAGUUUAUACAACGUGGAACUUUCUUCUUUCUUAAAAAGUCAGCUGUCCUGACGAUAAGAUGAGUUGUCCUUACAGCAGUUGGUAUUAGUGCAUAUAAGCAGAGGUGGGAAGAAUAAGUCCCACCCAACAGUCCUACUUACUUAAAGCUCAGCUGAGCACAUGCCACAAAAUGACAUCCUUCUGAAUUGCCUUGUCUUGUUUAGCUGACAUCCUAAUUAUGUGGUUCAUAUUCUGCUGUAUUUUGGAGGUUAUAUAAUUGUUGAAUUAUAAAUGUUCAGCCAGCCAUGUACAGUUGCUGUUUGGUUUUAAAUAACAUCUUUCACAUCCAAGUUGACAAAUGGAAAACUUACUACAAAAUACAGUUUUAAAAAAUUUAAAUUUGGAGGCAGUGGGUUAGUCAAGAUUUGUCAUAUCACUUAGCUCAGUUGAUAUGGCACUGUAUGUAUGUAUGUAGUCACAUUCUUUCUCCCAGUUGUAAAUAGCACUCCAUUUAUUAUAUUUCAUGACUGUAGAGCCUUGUACUUUUUGGUAGUUCAUAACAGAAAUAGCUUUGCUAUAUGCUAGUUUAGUUGGUCUAACUUUAACUAUUUCCGAGGCUUAAUCAACCAUAGCUUAACUUUCGUUAAAUUCAUUGGAAGUUGAAUGUACACUUUCCUACUUCCGGGGAGCAGUGAUUAACAAGAAAUCAUUUUGACAUUUUUCUUUUCUUAAGUAGUCUCCAUGCCCAGCAUGAAGCCCAACACAGGGCUUGAACUAACGACCCUGAGAUCAAGAGCUGAGCUGAAAUUAAGAGUCGGACGCUCAACUAGGGGCCCCUGACUUAUUUCAUUUGAGAUAAAAGAUAUUUCAUAUAUAUAUGAAAUAUUCCAUUUUUAGUCUGUUACACAAAAGGGGAGAGAGCCAAGGACAUUUAAAUGCUAAUUCUGUGUUGUUUUCUUCUGAAGCAUUAAAGCAAGCAUUGAAUAAUUAUUAUAAAAGGAAAGAUUUCUACCUUUGGUAAUGGUGGAAUAGCUUGUAAUAUAUAAGCCCUCCCAAUUAAUAAACGCUGGACAAAAUAUAACUGUCUAAAGACCCUGAGGGGAAUGACCAAAAGCAGGCUGAGACUUAUGCUUAUAUACAGCUUUUUCCCUCAGGACAUUUCCCAAGUCUGUCCGGUAAGGGAUGGCUAGAACUCAAGAGAAGGUUGCAGUCUUACUGGUUUGAGGGGUCAGAGAAAUUGGGGGCUGCUAGAGGACCUCUAUAUUGAGGAGGAAAUUCUGGAAAUGAAGGUGGCACUAAAGGAGAAAGAAGCCAGCCUUCCAAUCUACAUAUAAAUCUCUUAACUCUUUGGCUAACUCCUGAAUUGUGCUUGUACAGGGAAGUCUCCAUGAACCUGGUGGAAAGCCAGAGCUGGAAGGCUGAAAAAUCUGAGCAGAGCUUGUUGCUCUGUAUUGCAAGAGAAAACAGAAUUUCGAGUUUGAAUCCUGACAAGUUAGAAGGCUUGGUAAGCAUCUUAGGCUUUCUGUCAAAUCCCUAGAAUGGCCAUGUAUUAGAAAAGACUAUGCCCAGGGCUAAGGAUUUGCACUGAAUCUAAAGAGAAAACCUUUAAUGUAAUAUAAAAUCAAGGUGAGUAGUCAGUAAUUUAACUGCCUGUUGGAACAUAUCAUAACACUUCCAGGGUGUGAUAACAAAAUGAGUCUCUUUAGGAUAUCAACAAUGACUAGAAUAUAAGAUAACACAUUGAAAGAAACAGGAAAACGUGAUCUUUGGUCAAAAGCGGGGGGGGGGGAGGGGGGAAGUAGAAAGAGAUCCUAACAUAAUCCAGAUCUUGGAAUUAGCAGAUGGGGAUUUUAAAGCAGUUAGCAGAACUAGGCUCAAAGAUGAAAAGGAUAAAUGGUUGUAAUGAAGUGCAGAUGGAUAGAAAUUAUCCUAUCUGAAGAAUAAAGAAUAAAAAAAGGUUGGAGGGAAGAAAGAAAGCACAGAGCCGCAAAGCCACGUGGGGUGAUAUGCAGCAGUUCAGUGCAUAUGUAACUGGAUUUCCAGAAGGAGAAGAGAGAGAAAAUAGGGCAGAAAAAAGAUGAGUUAAGUAAAGGUCAAAAUUUUUCCCAAGUUUGUUGAAACUAUAAAUACGCAGAUCCAGUAAGCUCAGUGAACUCUAAGCAGAAUAAAUACAGAGAAAACACCUAAGACAUCGUAGUUAAAACUGAUGAGAACCAAAGAUAGGAGAAAAUCUUAAAAGCCACCAUGAGUGGUAGUAGGGAACCCACUACGUACAGGGGAGCAAUAAAUGUUGCCUGCUUCACCUCAGAAACAAUGGAGGUCAUGAGACAACAGGAAGAGAUCUAUAAAGUACUGAAGUUAAAAAACAAAGCCAACCAAACCCUACCAGUCUAUAUCCAGUAAAAACGUCCUUCAAAAAUGAAAGCAAAAUAAAGCAGUCUUCAUAAAAAUAGAAUUUGUCACUAGCAGACCUAUAAGGAAAGCUGAGGGAGGAUUUUUAGGCUGAACAUAAAUGACAUUAGAUGGAAGGAAAUAGUAUGUGAGUAUAAAAGACUCAAUUUUUUCUUUUUUUCUUUUUUUUUUUUAAAGAGUUUAUUUAUUCAUGAGAGACAGAGAGAGGGAGAGAGAGGCAGAGGGAGAAGCAGGCUCCCAAGGAGCAGAGAGCCCGAUGCGGGACUCGAUCCCAGGACCCUGAGAUCAUGACCUGAGCCGAAGGCAGACGCUUAACCAUCUGAGCCACCCAGGCUCCCGUGGACUCAAUUUUUUCUUAAUGUUUUUAAAAGAUAACUGAAUUUAGCAUGGUAUACUGGUGUAUAGUUAGAUUUCAACAGUAAUACAAGUUACAGGGGUUAAAGGGUAUUACACAGUGGCAGUUCUUACAUUUUACUUAAACUGGUAGAAUACUGGGAUGCCUGGGUGGCUCAGUCGGUUACCAAGCGGCUCCCUUCGGCUCAGGUCACAAUCCCAAAGUCCUGGGAUGGAGCCCCACAUCAGGCUCCCUGCUCAGCGGGAAGUCUGCUUCUCCCUCUCCCUCUGCCUGCUGCUUCCCCUGCUUGUGCUCUCUCUCUCUGUCAAAUAAAUAAAAUCUUAAAAAAAUAAAGUGGUGGAAUACUAACUAUAGACUGAUAAGGUUAUGUAUGUUAUGUAUUGAAAUCCCUUGGCAACUGCUAUAAAAAAAUAAGGCAGAAGUAAAAAAAAAAAAUUAGAGGAAUUAAAAUUGGAUACUGAAGGAGAUUUAUCCAAAAGCAGGAAAUAUAGGUAAAAAAUAUAUAGGACAGAUAGCAAAAUGGUAGACCUAAAUGCAACCCAACUAGUAAUUACUUAAAUGUAAAUCAAACACUCCAAUUAAAAACUAGAUUUUUUUAAAGGCCCAACUAUAUGUUGUCUACAAGAGUUAAACUUUAAAGACACAAGAUGAGGAAAAAUAGAACAUGCAAACUGUAAGCAUAAGAAAACAAGUGGCUAUAUUAAUAUAAGACAAAAUAGACUUUAAAAGAAGGAGUACACUGGAGAUAGACUUUUCAUAAAAAAGGGGUAGUUCAUCAAGAAGAUAUAAUCCUAAAUGUGUCUUCAUUGAAUACCAGCUUCAAAAUACACAAGGCAAAAACUGACAAAGGAGGUACAGACAAGUCUACAAUCAGUUGAGGAUUUUAAUGAACCUCUUAGCAACUGAUAAACUAACAAAAAUAUUGAUGAUUUGAACAAAAAGCAUUUGGACCAAACUGAUAACUGCUAGAUCACUACAUGCAAUAGUGGUAGAAUAGACAUUAUUUUCAAGCAUGUAUGAAACGUUCAGCAAAGUAGACCAUAUGCUUGGCUAUUAACCACAAUGGAGUUAAAAAUCACUAACAAAAAGGUGUCUAGAAAAGUCUUAAAUAUUUGGAAAUAAAACAUCUAACUGAAUAAAAACAAAAACAAAAUGUGAAAAUUUGUAGGAUGCAGAUGAAGCAGUGCUUAGAAAUGUAUAUCAAUUAUCUGGGCGCCUGGGUGGCUCAGUGGUUAAGAGUCUGCCUUUGGCUCAGGUCGUGAUCCCAGGGUCCUGGGAUUGAGCCCCACAUCAGGUUCCCUUUUCCACGGGAAGCCUGCUUCUCCCUCUCCCACUCUCCCUGCUUGUAUUCCUUCUCUCGCUGUGUCUCUCUGUCAAAUAAAUGAAUAAAAUCUUUUUUUUUUUUAAUUUUUAUUUUUUAAAGAUUUUAUUCAUUUAUUUGACAGAGACAGAGACAGCGAGAGCAGGAACACAAGCAGGGGGAGAGGGAGAAGCAGACUCCCCGCCGAGCAGGGAGCCCGAUGUGGGACUCGAUCCCAGGACCCUGGGACCAUGACCUGAGCCGAAGGCAGUCGCUUAACCAACUGAGCCACCCAGGCGCCCCGAAUAAAAUCUUUUUAAAAAAAUAAAAUCAAUGAUCUGUUUCCAUCUUAGCUAGAAAAAAAAGAAAAGCGUAUAAAAAUUAAGAAGGAGGGAAAUACUGAACAUCACAGCAGAAAUCAGUGAAAUAGAAAAUGGACAAUAAAAUUAACAAAGCCAAUGGAAUGUCGAAAAUUUUAAAGACUAACAAUGGUAACAUUUGCAAGGAUAUGGAGUAACUGAAAUUUGCCUGCUGUUGGUAGGAAUAUAAAUUGGCACAACUACUUUGGAAAGUAGUUUUAGUUUCCUAUAAAUUAAAUCCUGUGAACUAGCAAGAUCAGUUCUAGGCAUUUACCCAAAAGAAAUGAAGACCUUGACAAAAAUUGUACAAGAAUGUUUAUAACUGUAUAUAUUUAUUCAUUCAUAGCCCCAAACUAGAACCAAGGAUUGUGUCCAUCAAUAGAAUGGAUUUUAAAAUUUUGCUAUAUUUUACAAUGGAACAUUACUUAGCAAUAAAACGGAAUGAACCACUGACUCCUACAUGAAUUUAAAAAAAGAAGUGAAAGAAGCCAGACACGGAAGCGGACUAUACAAUUCCAUUUAUAUGAAGUUUAGCAAUAGGCAGAAAUAAUUAAACAGGCCUUGCCUGUGGUGGAGAGAAUGAAGAUUGGCAAGGGACAAAAGGGAACCUGAAAGUAAUGGAAAUGUUCUCUAUCUUGAUUGGGUAUUGGUUGUAUGGAUAUAAACAUUUACCAAAAUUCAUUCAAAUAUAUAGAUUUAGGAUCUGUGCAUUUUUCUGUAUAAGGAUUGCCAGAUAAAAUAGGGUACCCAGUUAAAUUGAAUUACAGAUAAAUAAUGAAUAUAUAUAUUCAUUAUAUAUAUAUGUAUUAUAUAUAUAUGUAUUAUAUAUAUAUACAUAUAUAUCCCAUUCCAUAAUUGGGACACAUUUAUACUAAAGAUGGUUAUUUAUUUGAACUGAAAUUUAACAGGGCGCCUUUAUUUGCUAAUUCUGAUGACACUAUUCUGUGUAUAAUUUAACCUCAAGUUAAAUGAAAUUGUAGGGGUGCCUGGGUGGUUCAGUUGUCCGAUUCUUGAUUUCAGCUUAGGUCAUGGUCUCAGGUCGUGAGAUCAAGCCCCACUCUGCACUGAGCAUGAAGCCUGCUUAAGAUUCUCUCUCUCUCCUUCUGCCCCUCCCCCAGUCCCAUGCUCUGUAAAUAAAUAAAUGAAAUUGUAAAAUGAAAAGUGUGCAUUAUUCAUCAGAAAAAGGAACACUCUUAUUUUUGGUCUACUAUCAUGAAAUCCUAGUGUUUGGUAGUUAAAUACUCCAUUUAUUUGUUUAGUAGUUUCUAGCUCUUUAAUAGUAAAUUCUCAGUCAGUGAAACCACGCCUAUAAUCUAGACACAAAUAGUUUCAUCACCAAAAAAACUCCCUCCCACUAUCCCUUUAUAUUCAAGCCUCUACCCAUCCACUUUUUAGCAAUUAUAUAGAGAGUUAAAAGAUUCACAUUCAGGUUUUUAUAUGACAUGAGUUUUUUUUUUUUUAAUUUUAUUCUAUUAUGUUAGUCACCAUACAGUACAUCAUUAGUUUUUGAUAUAGUGUUCCAUGAUUCAUUGUUUUCGUAUAACACCCAGUGCUCCAUGCAGUUCCUGGGUUCCUGGGUCAUGUGGUAAAUGCAUAUUUGUAAGAAACCCCUGAAACGAUUUGCAGAGUAACUCUAUCAUUUUGCAAUCCCACCAGUAUUGUGAAAGAAUUGCCAUUGCUCUGUAUCUUUGCCAGUAUUUCAUAUUGGCAGUAUUUUUUAUUUUAGCUAUUCUGAUAAGCAUGUUGUGGUAUAUGUCAUCAUAGUUUUGAUUUGCACUGUCCUAGUGCAAUGAUGUUAACAUCUUUCACAUGCUUAUUUAUCAUUUUUAAUAUCCUAUUUAAUGAAGCAUUCAUUCAUGUCUUUUAAUUUGGAUUGUUUUCUUAUGCUUAAGUUUUGGGCAUUCUUUGCAUAUUCUGGAUACACAUUCUUUGUCAGAUAGAUAUGUGAUUUGCAAAUAUUUUCUCCCAAUCCAUAGUUUGUCCUUUUAUUCCCUUAACCAUGUCUUUUGGUAAAGCAAAAGUUUUUCAUUUUGAUGAAAUACAGAUUAUGAGUUUUUUCUUGUGUGGAUUAUGUUUUGUUACUAUGUCUAAGAACCCAUCAUCGAACUGAAAGACAUGUAGAUUUUAUCCUGUGUUUUCUUGUAAAAUUUUUAUAGUUUUGCAUUUUACAUUUAGAUCGUUUUAGAGUUUAUUUUUGUAUGAAGUGUGAGUUUUAAUAUCAAGGUUCUUUUUUUGCAUAUAGAUGUCCAAUUGCUCCAACACCAUUAGUUUUUAUUUAUUUAUCUUUAUUUUUUCACCAUUAGUUUUUAAAAAGACUACCCUUUCUCCAUUGAAUUGUUUUUGCACCAUUGUCAAAAAUCAGUUGGCCAUAUUUGUAUGGAUCUUUUUGCUGUUUUGUUGAUUUAUGUUUCCCUUCUGUGAUACCACACUAUCUUGAUUACUUUGGGUUUAUGGUAAAUCUUUAAAAAAGGUAGUUUGAUUCCUCUAAUUUUAUUCUUUUUUCAAAAUUGUUUUAUCUAUUCUAGUUCUUUUGCUUUUCCAUAUAAAUAUUAGAAUGGACUAGUUGAUAUCUAUAAUAAAGCUCGUGAGAUUUUGAUUGAAAUUAAUUAUGAUGCAUUUAGGUGUGGAUAUUUCGGGGUUUGUCCUUUUUGGAGUUGGCUUAUAGCCUCUUGAAUCUGUAGGUUUAUUUGCCAGGUUGGGAAGUUUUCAGCCAUUAUUUCAAACAUUUUUCCAGCACUGUCCGGUUCAGCAUGGUAUGCAGAGUCCUUUCUUUCCAGGACUCUGAUACCAAAUGUUAGACAUUUCUUAUUAUGCCCCAGGUCUCUCAGAUCUGUUCUUUCUUUUUUCCCCCAGUCUAUUUUCUCUGCCAUUCAGAGUGGAUAACUUUAUUGAUCUAGCUCCAAGUUCAUUGACUCUUUCCCCUGCUCCAUUUUCUGUUGAAUCCAUUCUGUAUGGUUUGGGUUUAUAUUGUUUGUUUUUUAGUUGCUGAUAUAAAAUUUCUAUUUGUUCUUUUUAUAUCUUCUAUUUUCUGUUUUAAUAUUUGUUGCAAGAUUAUUUCUGAUGGCUUGUUCAAGUAUUUUUAUAAUGGCUGCUUUAAAGUCUUUGUCAGGUAAUUCCAAUAUUGAUGUCAUCUCAGCCUCAUCUGUUGAUUGUUUUUCUUCCACAAGUUGAAAUUUUUGUGGCACUUUAUAGAAUAAUUUUUUAUUGUAGUGUGGACAUUGUGAGUAUUAUGAGAUUCUGGGUCUUGUUCAGAUUCUAUGGAGAAUGGCAAUCUAUUUGUUCCAAUAGGGAGUCAACCUGGUUAGGUUCAGAAUGUAAUUACUAAUCUACCUUCUGUGGGCUGUGUCCGUUCAGUUUUCAAGGAUUGCAGUUUUCUUUGGAUCUAUUUCAGGUUGUGCCCCUCAGUAGGGGACCUAGACAGUCUGGGACCUAGCUGAUUGGCUAGUUUAGUUCUGAAGAUGUUUUGGUAUGCUGAGUAGGAUCAGAUCCAAACAUUAGUGACUUGAGGGUUCAUAAACAACUUCAUGAGGUUGCUUUCCUUUGCCCCUCCCAUUCCAUGAUCUCUCUGCUGCUUCCUGGUUCCCUAGGCUCCCCUUUUCAGUCCUCUGGCCAUAAACUUGGGGUUCUUGUUACUCUACACAGUUGCUCUGUCUCAUAUCUUCAUGAUUGAGCCUACAUCCUCACCCAUGUGGAGGGACAGAAAGAAAAAAAGCAGAGGGGCUGGUUCUACCCUUUUUAAACCAUAGCUCCACUAAAGAGAGAAAAAUUUCCUCCUCUUGUAUGUAGCUCUUGUGGGUUUCCAUAGUUUUUGGCCACCACUGCAGAAUUGCUUGGGGGAAGUCUUUGCUCCAACUAAUAGAACUACAAAUGUAGUAACUUUGUCUUGUUUUGAAGUUCUGUAGAAAUCUAUGGCCUGUGUACAAAUUAUUGCUCAAGGGGAAGUAGUAUGACACACAUACAGGACAGAUAACCCCUGUAAAGUUGAACAACAGUUUGAUCUAACUUAAUGCCUAUCGUGGGAAAACAGUGAUGGCUUAUCAGACAGAUAUUAUUUUACUUAUCAUUUUGGAAGUGGUAUGAUAUUUUCAAAAGUCCAAGCCAAAUGUUAGGGUUUUAAUUGCUGUGAAACUGUAGUAUGAUUAGAUGUGAAACUGAAUUUCAUGUUUAUACAAUGUCACCCUUUUAAAAUACUAUUAUCUGCCUACAUUCAGGAGAUACUCUUUGAAUGCUUUUGUUUUUGUAUUUUUUGUUUUAGCAGUGGCUGUCUUACAAAAAGAAUGCAGUUUACUUUAACAAUGCAUACAGAACCAUUUUCCGAGGAAUUAAACUUUAUAUUAAAUUCAUCCAUUUUUUCCAAUAAAUUUUGAUUGCCUAAAGUGUGCCAGACUCAAAGCAUUUGAGUAUUAUCUUACUGUUACCUUUAUUACUUCUCUUGGUUAUGGGAAUUUAGGAGAUAAAGUUGAAAUGUACAUUUAAAUGUUAGUAGCAUGUGCUAAGCCUACCUUAUGGUAGAGUUGUUUUGUUUUGUUUUUUAAACCUGGAAAUAGGGCUGGAUGAGCUAAUAGAUUGUUUGAAUGAACUGGAAUCCCACUGAAA